UUUAUAUUCCCCGCAUAUUGGACGAAAUUUGAGCGUUGACCAAUCCCUGCACGCCAGACCAAGUCCCCUUCCCUUCUUUUACGUCACAGAUUGGAGACGGGAUCGACUGACGUGGAAGUACUUGUACUUUACGAAUUUUUUCUUAGCCUGGUGAUGAUUGAACUUCAUUGACUUAACCUGAUACCUGGACUUCUUGGAUAUUGACUUCAACAUGAAUACCGAAGAAAUUUUAUUUGACAACCUGCUGGAUACUUCUGUUGACGGAAAUGUGUUUCUCGAAGAUUUAAUUGAAGAUCCAGCUGCCAAUGUAUUGGAACAAGCCAUGAAGGAGAAUAUGAUGGAGGUCUGGGAGUCAAGUGACUAUGAACUACUGAAUUCUCCUAUUGCUGGUGAACUCAAAUUUGAUGACAUCACACAAUCAACUAACUACCUGGAAUGGAUCAAUUGGGAUCAAAAAGAAAAAACUGAUAACAUUAUCCCUGCCUCUAACAGUUCUGACAGUGGCCUUUCUAGUGAUUUCCAUUAUGACCAGCAGCUCUCUCCAUCUAAUGAAAUGGAUCGUUCUACACCGACUGGAUCUCCUACCGGUGGUGGCGGCGGCGGCAGCUCAAUCUGUAGUAGCGUUGACGUAGAUAGUGUCAGCAGUCCUGAUACCUUAUGCCCCUCAUCACCAUGCUCCGACAUCCAUUUGAUCGACGAUGCUGCCGAUAUCGAAAUCAAUUCUUCCAAGUCCAUAUCCUCACCUGCGAUACCCCCAAAACCCACAAGUUCUCCAUUGGUCUUUCCCGUAUCUCUCAAAGAUUUGAAUCUUCGCGAAAUUAAAGCGGUGAAAAUCAUUCGAAAUGGUUCCACUUUGGUUUCUAGCGCUGCCUCGGCGGUUCUAGGUGGAAUCAAAUCCACCUCGGCCCAAGUCCCUGACGCUAUUAAAAAACUAUUGGGUCCAGUUCAACUUUCUGUUUCUUCGGCUCCAACAUCGUCUUCAACGAAAACUUCAUAUCCUCCAAUCCUGCUUUCAGGUAGGCAAAAUGAACUAAACGAAGAACGCCGUCUUUUAGCCAAGGAAGGUGUUGAACUGCCAAGCCAUUACCCUCUCACCAAACACGAAGAGCGAGAACUUAAACGCAUCCGCCGCAAAAUCCGCAAUAAAAUUUCGGCACAAGAUUCUAGGAAAAGGAAGCGCGUCUACAUGGACGGUCUAGAAGAUCGAGUUAAGCUGUGCUCUGAUGAGAAUAUGUCGCUUCAAAAGCGCAUCCGUUUGCUCGAAACGGAGAAUAAAUCGCUGUUAUCGCAACUGAAAAGGCUUCAAAGCAUCCUGACAGGUCAGGGUGGAAAUCAAGCUUCGCCUACAGUUGCAGCAAUAACAGCGGCCUCUACUACGGCAGGAACUAAUACCAACACCAACAGUAAAGAGGGGCUUUCUACUACCAGCAACACGGCGCAGCCAGCCACCUGCCUUCUGGUGCUGAUGCUCUCAUUUGCGCUUUUCCUCUUGCCGAACUUAAGACCAGACUCCAAUAAGAGUCUUACAGAUGGCCGGACAAACUCAGCUGCUUCUCAAAUGGCACAAUCGAUGAUGAAAAUGCCACCAUUUGCCGGUCGUUCCAGAGCAUUGUUACAAGAUACAUUGGCUUUGGAUGCUGACUCUGACAUGACAGACAUUGAGCUCCUCGAAAUUGCCUUGGGUGGAGAAGUGGUUGUUGGGGAAGAAGAUGAAGAAGAUGAGAGCGGACUAUACGUCCCUCUGCCUCUCGGUCCACUAGCUAUGCCUGGAGGCAAGAAUGAUGUUCUUAAGAGCCAAUGGGGUCAGAAGUUUGGCAAGCAGUAUCCCGCCAACCCGAAACGAAGCGUUCCGGCUUUCUUACUAGAACACGAUUACCAUUCAGCUGAUCCCACUGCCAAGCGUGCACGCUUCAAAGAAAUUUGGGAAGAAGUUGAGACCAUCGUGCCUCCUGCUCCCAUUUCUAAUGUGUAUUCCGGGGCCACGAAGGAAUCAAAUCAAUCACAACUGUACGGUGAACUUGCUGAGCUUGCGCGCGGACAGAAUAUCGUGGUCCGUAUCUCGUCAGAGGAGCUAUGAAAACUUAAAUUGAAAUGAUACUCGUCGUUGUUCCUUUAAACGUCGAGAUGCUUGUGAUCCUCGGUGUUGCCUUCUUCCUCCCUCUUCCGCAUCAUCCGACCUGUCUCAGCCUGCUUACACUGGACCCAUUCCCUUGUCAAAUCCUUUAAUUGGUGCUGGUCUAAGUAGAUGAUAGAGAUGCAACAACCUCAUCCCUUCAAAAUCUACUUGUUCCCUUUUCAACUUUAUUUUCUAAAAUUAGUAUGGCCAAUUCCAUUACUGGCUUUUAGUUGGCGGUGGGUAAUUUCCGUGUGCAAUUCUGUCCGUUCGAAAGACAAUUUCCAACGUCAGCACCUCUCCAUUAUAGUGUUAGACUUGUUAGGUAUGUUACUCCUAUUCCCUACUCUGUAUUCAUCCCCUCUCCGUCUUUGGUGAAUAUUCAGAAUCUUAGCACUUGAACGAAUCAGGGGAAUAUGAAAUUAGGGUCAAGUGAACUUCCUGUUUGUUGUGUCCUCGCAUCAAUGCAACCAUUAUUAUUAUUUUUUUUUUUCUGUUUUGUUUGAUUUUUAAAAGUUCUUGUUGCAACUUGAGUUUACUUUAAAAUUAACAUUAACGUUUGCUGUCAUAUCUCAUAAUUAUCCCAAGAUGUGAGCUCCUAUUCAAACCUUGCAUAAUUUUUUUUUUGUCUUGUUUGUUGUCCUCUUCCAAUAUUUUUACACGACAUUAGCCAGCAAAUGCGCUAUUUGUUAUCUAUAUAUUGUGUUUGACCCUAAAUCACAGAUUUCGUAUUUCCCCUCCCGUGAUGGUGUUUCUAAGAAAACAGUUUUAUAUAAUAAACCAAAAAUGUUAAUGGGA